AAAUGCAUUAAAAUAAAAUGUGAAAUCAUGUGAUAUUACUUAAAAGUUUCGUUAAAAGACAUGUAAUUUUAUAAAACAUGCCUGUUGAAAUGAGUUUUUAAUUUUAAAUCCGGAUUAAAAUUUGAUUCUUGGAAACGUAUCUCAUGCAUCACAUUAAUGAUUAAUUAAAUUCUAAUGAAAUUGGAAGUUUUGGGAUACUGUGUUUGUCAGUAUUAGUGUUCUAAUUUUUUUAAAAGAUAAGAAUUGUAAUUCACUUGUUUCUUAAGAGAAGUAAUUGCAAACGUGAAAUAGCAUAUAAAAGUACUGAUGAAAAUAGUGAAAUCUUGAAAAGUUGAAUAUGAAAAUUGAACACAUUUCUGACGAGGAGAAUGCUUUUUUGGAAGUUAGGCCUCUGAAAAAUGAAAAAGAAAGAAAAACGUCAUCUUGUAUAACAACAGAAGCUACUAGCCCAGAAGGAUCUUCAUUUACUAUCUUUGAUUGUAAAAUAAAAGAAGAAAAGUAUGAAGUUCGUAAUGAUACUGAGAACACAUUUGUCAAAGUAAAAACUGAACAAAGUGUUGAUUCAAAAAACGAUGACAUUAUUUCCAAGUUUAAUGAGAGUGAUGAUGAAACUGUUGAUUGUUCACAACAUGAUGUUAUGAGUUUGAAAAGUGAACCAAAAGAAGAGUUUCAACAAAUUAAGUCUGAGUUAGAAGGUUUAUCAG